GCGCCUCGGGCCCCGCCGGCCCCGAAGGCGCGCGCUCCCUCCCCGGGGCGGAGGUCCCGGGAGCAAGCCGGGCGGGGCGCUGCGGCGGGGGCGGCGCUCGGUGGGCGCGGCGGAGCCAGCGGGUGGGGGUGCAGCGCACCUGGCUCCCCAGCCCCUCCCCGCGCGGCCCGGCCCCCGCCUUCCGCGGACGCCUCCAGCCCCAGCCUGGAGGCUGCCGCUGUCCUCCGCCGGCGCGCGUGGGCGGACGAUGGGUCAGCGCGGAAAAAGUGAAUGAGGACGCCGGCCGCAGCGAGCGCCUGACUCGGCCGGGCCCGCCGGCUCCAUGGACGCGCCGUGCGCCACGGCGGCCAAGCCCCCCACCGGGAGGAAGAUGAAGGCCCGCGCGCCCCCGCCCCCCGGGAAGCCCGCCACCCCGACGGCGCAGAGGGGCCAGAGCCCUCCCCGCAGCACGUCCCCCGCCCGCCAGCAGAACCGGCUGCCCCUGAAGGAGAGCCUGCGGGACAGGGCGGUGGACCUGACCGUCGUGCUGCCCAGCGGGCUGGAGAAGAGGAGCGUGGUCAACGGGAGCCACGCCGUGAUGGACCUCCUCGUCGAGCUCUGCCUCCAGAACCGCCUGAACCCGUCCCACCACGCCCUUGAGAUCUGGUCUUCCGACUCCCAGCAGCCUUUGAGUUUUAAGCCAAACACUUCGGUGGGGACUCUGAACGUGCACACUGUGUUUCUGAAGGAAAAAGUCCCCGAGGAGAAGGCGAAGCCUGUCCCACCAAAGAUGCCUGAGAAGUCCGUGCGGCUGGUCGUGAACUACCUGCGGACGCAGAAGGCCGUGGUGCGGGUGAGCCCCGAGGUGCCCCUGCAGAACAUCCUGCCCGUCAUCUGCGCCAAGUGCGACGUGAGCCCCGAGCAUGUGGUGCUCCUCAGGGACAACGUUGCGGGGGAGGAGCUGGAGCUCUCCAAGUCGCUGAACGAGCUGGGCAUAAAGGAGCUCUACGCGUGGGACAACAAGAGAGUUCUGCUGAGCAAAACCCAGUCGGAGCCUUCCCUGAGCUGUCGAGAGACCUUUAGAAAAGCAUCCCUCAGCAAUGAUGAGACAGAUAAAGAGAAGAAAAAAUUCCUCGGAUUCUUCAAAGUUAGCAAAAGGAGCAACAGCAGCAAGGUGGAGCUGCCCAGGCUGGUGGGAGCGGACAGCGAUGAGGACGCCUCACGGUCGGUGCCGGGCCUGGGCUCGAAUGGCUGCUUGACGACGCCCAGCUCCCCGUCCGUGAACUCCCGCUCUGUCACGCUGGGCCCAUCCCUCUCGCUGAGCAACAUCUCAGGGGUGUCUGUCAGGUCGGACAUGAAGAAGCGCCGGGCCCCGCCGCCUCCGUCCCUGCCCGCGUCGGGGCCGCCUGCGCAGGACAAGGCCUCGGAGAAGGCGUCGCUGGGGUCGCAGAUGGACCUACAGAAGAAGAAGAGGCGGGCUCCUGCGCCCCCGCCGCCCAGCCCCCGGGUGCCGCCGCGCACCGAGGACCGCGAGGAGAGCAGGAAGGGCGCGACGGGUGUCGGACGGCAGGUGCCACAAAAGCCUCCCAGAGGCACUGCCCGGGGGCCCCCUCAGCUGGUGCUUCCCCCGCCCCCGCCCUACCCUCCUCCUGACACAGACGCGGCGGAGCCUCUCGGCUUUCCCGGGGAAGGCGCUUCCGAGGCCGCCGACCUGAGCCCAACACUGAGCCCGCCCCUGGGGCCCGGCGGGCCCGGCAGCGCGGACGGGGCCCCGCUGGCGCCCUCGGAGGCCGAGGAGACGGUGUCCGUCGGCAGCUGCUUUGCCUCAGAGGACACGACGGAGGACUCGGGCGUGGUGAGCUCCCCCUCGGACAUCGUCUCCCUGGACUCCCAGCACGACAGCACCAAGUCCAGGGAGAAAUGGGCCGCCGACCAGGAGGCCUGCAGCGACCAGGACCUGGCCGGACCCCCCGACCUGGGCCCCCUGAAGAGCCCGGCGUGGGAGAGAAACGGCUCGAGGUGCUGGCAUUCGAGAAUUGAAAAAACUGCUGCAGCGUCCGACGAUGACAGGGACCUGUUCAUUGCCCGGCGGUUCGAGCAGACCCCGGCCGAGCUGGACGAGGACCCGGAAGACAUGGAGGACAGCUACGAGACCGACGCCAGCUCUCUGACCAGUUCCGUCGACGGCGGGCCAGGUCGAGGCACGCAGGGUGCCAGCGGCCCCGACAUGGACCCUGAAGCCAUCCCAGUGACGUUCAUCGGGGAAGUAGACGAUCCCGUGGAGCCGGGCUUGUUUUCCAACAGCAACAACAACGCCGGGUCUUUUGACAGAGGGCGAGUGGCCAGCAGGUCGGCCCACCCGCCGCCGGCCCCGGCGGGGCCCCCGCAGCGUGGAAGGAAGAGGGUGGACGAGCCAGACGCAGCCCCUCCUCCCCGCGACGCUGGGAAGGAUGCCCGAUGGGCCUCGGCCGACACCUGCAAAGGCGUGAGGCUCCUGAAAGCUGAGCCCAGGCUGGCUUCUGAGCUGCGGCGGCAGGAGCAGAGCCUGCAGGAGAGAGGCAGGGAGCACAGCUCUGCUCGCAGGGAUGGGGCACCGUCCCUCAAGGCCCUGAGCUCCCUGCCAUGGAAGGACAAGGACAGUGACGACGAGAAGGAGGUCUCCCCUCCUCUGUCAUGGUGUCAGCGAGGCCAAAGCCCAGGGGGGAGCUUUGGACUUAAGUACGGCCUCACAACCUAUAAAAUUGUCCCUCCAAAGUCCGACAGGAGGUGCUACGACAGAGGAGUGUCGCUCUCCACGGGCGCCAUCAAGAUCGACGAGCUGGGGAACCUGGUGAGUCCCCACGUGAACGGGGGCAGGACCAUGGCGCUGCCCCCACCUGCUCUUGAAAAAGACGCCCAGCCCCUGGGGGGCAUCAGAGAGCUCCGGAGGCAUGGGUCCGGCCCCCUGGAGAAGCGCUCUGGCCGGUCCCUGGGGAGCUCGGCCAGGGAGCCCCCCGCCCCCGCGGCUCCCGUGAAGGCUCCCCAUCAGGACGGCAGAGGUGGAGCAGAGCUCAGCUCCCCGGACCCCACGGCGACAUCGCCGCUGCAGCCGCCUGGCCCCCAGGGGGACGGCCGGCAGCUGCAAGAGGGGCGCAGCCGACCCACCUCGGCGGCCGCCUGUUCCGUGAAAGUGCCAGCAGCUCACGCCACCCAAGUCCCUUUUCUCAAGCCUCAGAGAAGGACGUCCAGUCAGUACGUGGCCUCGGCCAUCGCCAAGCGGAUAGGGCCCCCGCGAGCCCACGCUGAGGGGGCGAGGAAGCGUGACGAGGCGGAGAAGGCCUGGGAGGGUGGUGGGCGGGAGCGGAGCUGGCGGCCCCGUGCCACGGAAGAUGCCGCCGCCCGCAGCCCACGCCUGGAGACACAGGAACGGGAAGAGGAGGUGAAGGCGCCCUGCAGCCGCCUUCCCAACGCCGGUGGGGAGGCAUCGGCAGGAGGAGCCCAGCCUCAGGGGCCAGCCGGCAGCCCCCCUGGGAAGCGGCCUCCGCAGGGCCCGCCCACAGGGGCCCACAGAGGCACCUGCGUCCCGCGCGCCAUGGCCGCGCAGAGGGCCUGGGAUUCCGUGGCGCUGAGCUGCGGUGCGGUCGGAAAGCAGGGCCCUGGUGUCCACAGGACCAGCUCUGCGCCGGACCCCGAGCGCACGCCGGACGGCUCCACAGCCCCGCCCGGAGGCUCGGGAGAUGCUCGCACCCCUGGCGGGUCCCUGGCUAAUGGCUCCCGGUGGGUCCCCGACCCCGGCGAGCCCCCUCAUGCCCCGAGGGCGCCCGGCACGAGCCGCCCCACCGCCCUCUGGCAGGAGGACAAGCCUGGUGUGCCAUGCACGGAUAUUCAAGACCCUGACAGCACACUGCCACCCAGCAUCUUUGGGCCAAAGAAGAAGUUCCGCCCUGUCGUCCAGCGGCCCGCGCCCAAGGACACGUGCCUGCACAGCGCCCUGAUGGAGGCCAUCCAUGCGGCGGGAGGCAAGGACAGGCUGCGGAAGACAGCAGAGCCCGGCUCGGAGGGAGGGCCCAAGAAGCUGUCCUACGUGGAGGCAGAGAGCGAGCACUCGGCCCUGCUGGCGGCCAUCCGGGGGCACCGCGGCGCCUGCAGCCUGCGCAAGGUGGCAUCCUGUGCCUCUGAGGAGCUCCGGAGCUUCCGUGAGGCCGCCAGCUCCGCGCACCGGUCGGAAGCCCCAGGGCUGGACACCCUCGCCAGCCAGCCCCCGCCCGCGCUGCCGCCCCCGUCCCCACCAGCCGCCCCGGCUCCCGCCGCACCCAGGACGGCCGCCAGGUCCAGCUCCAGCUCCGGCCCUCUCCGCGACCCCGUGGACGCCAGGCAGGCCUUGAUGGACGCCAUCCGCUCCGGCACGGGGGCCGCCAGGCUGAGAAAGGUGCCCUUGCUCGUGUGAGCCACCAGGAAGCCCGGACCGUGGCAGAAACGCACGCGCCAGACGCCCACCGUCCCCGGGCAAGGACGCCCCGAGGCGCGCUUCCUGCCCGCAGGCCAAAACCCGCGAUGCUGGCUUCCGGUCCUGUUCACGGUUCCGAGGGAGGCGGCCGCUGCCCCGUGCGUGGCUCGUGUGCCAAGGAAAUGUGUUAUUCUGCCUCCGAAUAUUUAAAGUUGCCAAUAAACGACUCUUGUUGGCAGGUCGCUGGGAGUACAGAGGCUGGAGCCCAGCACGACACUUUGCGACAGUGAAGGGCGCCGAGGCGCCCGCCCGGCCUCGGACCCGCCGCGGCCGCUGAGACUCGCGCCGUGUGCCCACGGCUGCGGCCGCCCCGCCCCUUAAAAGCGUUCCGUUCUGCGGGGGAAGACAGGAACGAAUG